AAAUUUCUUCGUGAUUUAAAGCAAAAUAGUAUCUAUUCAAAAAAAAUCAGUAUCAAAUAUAUUCCAAAUGAAGUUCAAAAAGCAUGGUUCAGAGAGGCCUCUAAUGAAUUUCCAGAAUUUUCUAAUACAGCUAAUGAUUGGGUUUAUUAUGAAAUGCUUCAGCAAACAAUAAACUCAAAAGAUCAAACUGAUAAUAUACAAGAUCAAGUUCAUGAUCAGGAAAUACAAAAUCAAGAUUUUAUUAAUGAAAUACAAGAAACUGAUGAUAAUUCUGAAACUAAUAACGAUAACGAUAAUAAUAUUAAUGAAAUUUAUGAAUCUGUGAAUACAGAGGCUAAUAGUAUUCUUAACGAAGCACAAGAAUCUAAUAAUAGUUUAGAAUAUAAUAAAGAAAAUAGAAGGUCCAAAAGAG